AUGGAGGUUCUGGAGGACAGGGAUGAUGUGGUCACAGGAGCGAGUAUGGUUGUUAACUUUGCCUUUCUUGUUCUUUUAGACAACUUGGCUCAUCAGAAGAAGACUUUGUUUCACUCCUGGUUCCGGUUCCUGCUCCUGCUGAGUCUAGUGGUCUUCAUCUUGUUAUAUGCUGUGUCUGACACUUCUCUGUCAUGGUGGACAAACCUUCCACUCCAUGUCCACUAUCAGAGGUUUUUCAAUCUGACUAACAAGGUUAAUCAGGCUCCUUCUUAUCGUAUCCAUCCAAAGCAUAAAGUUAAACUAAGUGAGAUCCAUGAAACCACAGAACACCCUACUGUACCAGCUACAGGUAUUCAGUACCACCAAGCCUAUCCACGCAACUACCACAAGACCAAGACCCCUUUCCAUGUCCUGAUGGUUCCAGUGGCACCAAAUAACGUAGCAGCUCGGGACGCCAUCCGACAGACAUGGGGCAAAGAAAGCCUGGUUCAGGGCGAGGUCGUGCUUACUCUGUUCAUGCUGGGCAUCUCUGGAAAAGCUGAUGCUGAGCAGCUGCAGGAGAAGCUCAAACAGGAGAAUCUGAAGCAACUUUGGUGAUGUCCUCAUCUGAUAACAAUAUGUAUUUUUUUAGCAGUAAAUUUACUCAAAGUAUGUCUGACCCAACUCAUGUACAUUUUUCUCAUCAACAGUGUUUUGUAUGUUCAAGGCAGGUAGUGGAAACUUAGAAAAAGAUCACUGAAAUUCUGCCUGUCUUUGUACACAAGUUACACUUCAACUGGAACAGAUGAUGCUGAGAUCUCUGUAACUUAGUACAGUCUGUAUCAAAAUAUCUGUGUUUCUGUUACACCUGGGCGGUAAAUGAAGAUUUUUACUUGAAAAUAUGUGAGCAUCCUUUGACUGGACAGUGUCAUUCCACAAAAUGCUUCUUAAGGUGAGCUAUUAAAGUUAAUGUGAAAUCUUUGGUAUCUUGACAUUGGCGUUUACGUAACGCUAUUGCACAUUUAAAGUGGUAACUAAACAGCCGCCCAACAGUAGCCUAACGGUAACAGGUCAGAUUUUCCCUCCAGUGAAAAAAAAUAAAAAUAAAAGCCUGCUUGCAACCCUGCCGCGGGAGCGCGCCUUAGACUUCAUCAAAGUGAAUGAAAAAUAUACCAUGUGGAUUGUUUAAUCUAUCGUUUUAGUAUUGUUUUAUUAACGAGGUUUGUGUAGAGCAAGCUAGCACUUAUAAACGUUUUCAUAGGCUUACGUUAUGUGUUAUUGAAUUUCGUAUUAUUCAUUGCCUUCAAUUGAGAAUGUCUACACAAUUACACACUACAACCGUGCUUUAUUUCAGAAAGAAAUUUUCUGUUCCAAAUGUUACAUUUAUUGGAACCGAUUUAUAAAUGACAUUGACUGGAAAAAGGUUUGGAUGAUUCCUCACAGAUACUUGAUAGUAAACAAGGUGAAAGAAGUGGUGUUCAGAAUAAUUCACAGAUAUUACCCUGCUAAUCAUUACAUGGUUAAAUUUAAAACUGUUCUUUUUGUGAAGACCACCCAGAAACUGUAUUGCACCUUUUUUGGUAUUG